UUGACGUCAGAAGGAAGAUGGACACACGCGCGUACGUGCGUGCACGCGCGCGCACGGGCUGUUGCUUCCCACUCCGUCUUGUGCGCGGGUCUCUUUCUGCGGAGCGGGCGCGCGGUCGCACGGCUCGAGAGUCUGGGAUGGAUCGAGACAGGCAGGCGGUCAUGAGAAAAGUAUGUGCGCACAUGGGCCGCGAACAUGGAGUGUUAUGAAAGAAGAGGAGAAGGCGGCGUUGUCAUUUUUCACGUCUGAGUUCAGCGGUGACACUAAGUGUGAGGCUGUGGAGUGACAGGAAGGACCGUUAGCUGAGCGGCUCGCAGAGACGGGGGAUUUGCACAACAAUGGCGACUCGCCGUCAGUGAGGAACUUUGUUACCCUGCACCCCCUCUUCCCUCUGUCCUCAACAUCUUGACACAACUAUUUCCUGUCUCCUUUUUCCUUUUAUCCUUUUAUCUCUUCAUCCUCCUGAAGCCCUCCAGUUCAAUCCCACCUCCACCCUCCUGCCGUCCGAAUCCCCUCUUUGUUUCAAACAUGGACUCCUCUGGAGAAGUAACCCCGGCCCAGGAUGGACAUCUCGACCCCAGGAGCAGCCCCAGUCGCUCCGACCUCAGCGGACUGUACCAUCUGGGCCGGACGUUGGGCAGGGGCCACUUUGCUGUCGUCAAACUCGCUCGUCAUGUCAACACCGGGCAACUGGUCGCUGUCAAGAUGAUUGACAAGACAAAACUUGAUGUCAUUGCAACAAGCCACCUCUUACAGGAAGUGAGGUGUAUGAGGCUGGUGCAGCAUCCCAAUGUGGUUCGCCUCUACGAGGUCAUCGACACGCCAACCACCCUCUACCUGGUCAUGGAGCUUGCCGAGGGGGGCGACCUCUACGACUACAUCCUCCGCCAUGAGGGAGGCGUGGCUGAGGGGACCGCCAAGCGUCAUUUUGCCCAGAUUGUGCGCGCUGUGUCGUACUGCCACCAGCUCCACGUGGUGCACCGGGACCUGAAGCCCGAGAAUGUGGUGUUCUUUCCCCAGCAGGGGGCAGUGAAGCUGACGGACUUUGGGUUCAGCAACUUAUUCCAACCCGGGACUAUGUUGGCCACCAGCUGUGGGUCGCUGGCGUACUCCGCUCCAGAGAUUCUGCUGGGAGAAGAGUACGAUGCUCCAGCUGUGGAUAUCUGGUCUCUUGGGGUGAUCCUGUACAUGUUGGUGUGUGGAGUCCCUCCAUUCCAGGAAACCAACGACAGCGAGACUCUGGUCAUGAUUCUGGACUGUCGCUACUGCGUCCCCGAACACGUUUCAGACGACUGCAGAGAUCUGAUCUCCAGGAUGCUCCAGAAGGAUCCGUCUCGCCGUGCCUCACUCGAGGAGAUCGAGGCUCAUGACUGGCUGCAGGGGCUGGAGAAUGCCCUGCUCAGCCCAGAGGCCCCGCCACACUGGCUCUCAGGGGCCCUCUCUCCCAGCUCUCCCCGCUCAGGAGUGCCUGAAUGUGGGGACCUGCUCGCUGCAAGGCCCCCCGCUCAGCAGGCUUUCCCUGGACCCUGGCAGCCCAGCCUCACCUUCACACUCCGUCCCCCUCCGGCUGAAGAGCCUCCCGUCCUCAAAAACCUGCCUGCGCUACAGCAGAUCUGUGAAGAAGAAGAAGAAGAAGAAGAAGAGGAGGAGGAGGAGGAGGAGGAGGAGGAAGAGGAGGGCAGUUUGGCAAAAAAGGUUGAGGGUACGGCAUCUGUGUUAGUCGAGGAGCCUGAGAGAGAAGCUGAGGAGAUGCUUGAUGGAGCAGAUGUUCAACAGUGCAGGGAAGAGGAACAAGAAGAAGAAGAAUUAGCAAGCUCAGUGGAGAAAAUGGAGGAGGAAGAGGAGGAGCAAGAAGAAAUGGUGCAGAUGGAGAUGAAGAAAGAAGAGAGUGGUUGUGUGAUUUCAGACCAGCCAGUCAGCCAUGGAGACAAGCCGGUCAGCCAGACUCCUGAAGUCCCACCAUCAUCUCUGCCUGGUUUGGGGGUACCGUGCUGUCAGGGGCAGCCAGACUCCACAAAACCAGAGGAAGGAAAUGACGAGGAGACCGAACCCAACAACAACACCAACAAGCCUCCUCCUCUCCUCCCUGAAUCCUCCGUACCCUCCAUCCCUGCAUCCUCGGCCAGACUCAACCUGAAUGAGAGUGAGGCUCCAAAAACAGGAAGAGGAGGAGAACGAGGUGAGAAAACAGAGGAGUGUGGAAGAGAUGACCUCGUAACAGACAGAUCUCAACCCCACAAUGCACUGGGGACCCGGGAUGAGGCCGCCCCAAAGGCAGAGCAGGGGAAACGACACAGCAUUAAGCUGCGCGAUAGACUUUUCCAGUUCCCUCUGUGUGAGAAAGCUCUGGCCUUCAACAUACCGACACACAACAAGCCCAAGAUCCUGCCGCUGGCUCAGUACAACUGCUGCCACGUGCUGUAAGUGAAACCAGCCUGGAUGCUGCCUGUGAUGUGCUACUCACCUGGGACAAGCAGGCUGUUUGGCAGUGGGAGCUCCCCGCUGAGCCUUUCUGCUGCAGAUACUUUGAGGCCCGAGAGCAAAGGCCCUCAGCAUGUAAGCUCCCAGUGUACAGGACGGGACAUGUACAGCUUCAUACCUACAAGCACUCACUUCUAGCAUCGUGCUCAUGUAAUAAACAUUGUGUUAAGCUAGACGUGGUGUACAGCACAGUAGUCAGACUUAGUAGAACCUCAUGCAUUUGCUGCUGUGUACAGGAGCGUCCAUAGAAUUACAAUGACUGGACUGUGUCCAAUCUGUAGCUUAGUGCUGGACCAACAGGAAGGAGGGAGACUGCAGAAAGAAGGCAGUGACUGCUACAGUUUUUAUGGAAUAAGCUAUGGUCUGUUUUGUUUGUUUAAAAGGUGCCUACAAUGAUAAAAUGGGUUUCAUACUGUACAUGGCCACUGUGUCAUUUUGUUUAUGACUUUAAAAACCUCCAAAAAUCACAAUGGUCUAGCACUCAGUAGAUUCAUGAUUUCAUAUUUUAUAAGAUAUGAAUUAGAAUAAACUCUAAACCAGCGCUGCUACAGAGUAGCACUCGUUUCCUCUUCCCUUUGCACAACCUGCUUCUCUCAUUGGUUUAAAGGCUCUUGAUAUAAGCUCUAUUAAAGAAAGACAGAGACUGUUAUAUGAAAUGAUGUGAUGCUGUGUAACAUAUGCCUAAGACUGAGAUGAUAAUAUCAUUUUCUGUUCUCUUAAUCCUAAAGUCUUACUGAUAGACUGGCUUCCUAACAUACUGUAUAAUACUAUUUAUAGGAUCAUUGAUUGGGAUGCAGGUCUUCCUUUGUAUUUUGAACUUGUUCUUUUUAACCAUACUGAACAGUUUAAUAAUAUUUGACCAACAGUUUUAUUUUGGGUGUGCAGAUAUGAAGUUCCUUGUUUUUUUAUAACGUGACAAAGAUAUUAAUUCUCUGAAGAGAUAUCUGACUUUGUGCAUGUUAUUACUGUUAUUUAUCACAAUAUACUGUACCUCCAUGUGUCUUGGAUCUGACAGGACAUUGUUCUUUGUAACUGUAAGUACCUUGACGUAGCCCACUCAGUGAUGAUUUGCACACAGUACGACUACUGGUAGCUUUCUACAACAGCAUCCUGGAACUGAUGGAUGGACUUAUUGGUCAUUCAGACAUAUGGGUCAUAUGUUAUUAUGUAGCUGACAAGUCCCUUCAUAUGGUAUAAUUUUACCAUAUAAUGCCUCUAUGUGUUUCUGUUUUUUCUCACACACACUGUAUUUUUCCUCUUUUGAAGCUGGGAUAAGAAGUGUAAAGUUUGUAAAGUUAAAGAAGGCCAAAGCUGUACAAUAAGCUAUAUCUUCCUCCUAUAGUUCAGUAAACACAGCUUAUUCCUGUCAGUCACUGCAGUUUCAUGGGCACAACAAAUGGAUUUUUACCUUGUGACCUGCGAUCGGAUGCUCCCUGUCUAUAAAAGGAGCGGACGUCACGUGAGAAAAAUCUAAUUUCCACUCAUAUUCAUCAGCUAUGGAAGCAUAAAAUCUGUGCAGAAGAGGGAUACAAUCCCAUUAUCUGUUCCUGUGUGAUUGCAGCCUGUCUCUCCUCAGUGUGUCUGUGUCUACUGACCUGCAUUGUAACUAGGACCACGUCUCUAUGGAGCCAUGAACUUAUUUUUCUCUAUUUAUUUAUUAAAAUGGAUUAAAUCA